UUGGCCUUCCUUCCUCCCUGAAGGGAAGGCCAGGCAGCUGCUGCCCUCCCCCUUCAGCUUCAGGCCCACCUCGAGAAAGGCAGAGCCAGGAAAAUGGGUAGUGCAGGCUCCAGCUGUGCCCCCAGGCCGGGCAGAGGGCUGGUGAACAGGAGGCAGAAUUGGGUUCCUGAGCCUUUUCACUUCCCAUAGAGGGGGUGGGGUGGACAUUUGAAAAUGCUUUCAAUUGACAUCUGAGACAAAUUCUUCCACACAGUUUAUAAGUCCCUACACUAGCACCUAGAACUACCCCCGCCCUCCAGGCACGACACACAUGCGCACUUGCACCACGUGUUCAUGCACAUGCGCCUGUGUGCACAGGCCCAGCACAGCCCCUCUUCCCCGGUGCAGGGCGCUCAUAGGCCUCUCCCGCAGCAGGAGAGGAGGCACAGGCUGGGCCAUGGGCAGGGCAGGGAUUGAGCCCUUCCUCUGCCUCAGGGUCCUGGAGGGGCUUGCUGUAGGGUCUGCCUGCUUGAUUCUUUCUGGAAGCCCUGUCCUACCCAGGAGAAUGUUCCCCAGCUACAAGGUUAAAGUCACAGGCAUGAACCCCAAGACCAAGUACAUCCUGCUGAUUGAUAUCGUCCCUGCAGAUGACCACCGCUACAAGUUCUGUGACAACAAAUGGAUGGUGGCAGGAAAGGCUGAGCCGGCCAUGCCAGGAAGGCUUUAUGUCCACCCAGAUUCUCCAGCCACUGGGGCUCACUGGAUGCGGCAGUUGGUUUCUUUCCAGAAGCUGAAGUUGACAAACAACCACCUGGACCCCUUUGGCCACAUCAUCCUCAAUUCCAUGCACAAGUACCAGCCACGGCUACACAUCGUUAAGGCUGAUGAGAACAAUGCUUUUGGUUCCAAAAACACGGCCUUCUGCACCCAUGUGUUCCCAGAAACCUCCUUCAUCUCUGUGACUUCCUACCAGAAUCACAAGAUCACACAGCUGAAAAUUGAGAACAACCCUUUUGCCAAGGGAUUCCGGGGCAGUGACGACAGUGACCUGCGUGUGGCCCGGCUUCAGAGCAAAGAGUAUCCUGUGAUCUCCAAAAGCAUCAUGAGGCAGAGGCUUGUGUCCAGCCAGCUCUCGGCCAAGCCCGACGUCAGCCCCCUGCACAGUGCCCACCAGGCGCUGCAGCACUACCAGUAUGAAAACGGGGCCCACAUGCAGUUCGCUGCGGCUGAACCACAGGACCUGCCUCUCAACACCUUCCCCCCCCAGAGGGACUCAAGCCUCUUCUACCACUGCCUCAAGAGACGAGCAGACAGUGCCCGCCACCUGGACUUGCCCUGCAAACGGUCCUAUCUAGAAGCUCCCUCUUCGGUGGGGGAGGAUCACUAUUUCCGUUCCCCCCCUCCCUACGACCAGCAGAUGCUGAGCCCCUCCUAUUGCAGUGAGGUGACCCCCAGAGAAGCCUGUAUGUACUCAGGUUCAGGGCCUGAGAUUGCCGGGGUGUCGGGGGUGGAGGACUUGCCCCCGCCUCCGCUGAGCUGCAACAUGUGGACGUCCGUGUCCCCAUACACCAGCUACAGCGUGCAGACCAUGGAGACUGUGCCCUACCAGCCCUUCCCCACGCACUUCACGGCCACCACCAUGAUGCCUCGGCUGCCCACCAUCUCUGCCCAGAGCUCCCAGCCGCCAGGAAACGCCCACUUCAGUGUCUACAACCAGCUGUCACAAUCUCAGGUCCGGGAGCGGGGACCCGCGGCCUCGUUCCCUCGAGAGCGCGGCCUCCCAGCCGUGUGUGAGCGGAAGCCGCCCUCGCCACACCUGAGCGCCGCCAACGAGUUCCUCUACUCACAGAGCUUCUCCCUGAGCCGGGAGUCCUCCUUACAGUACCAUUCAGGCGUGGGGACUGUAGAGAACUGGACUGACGGAUGACUCCCCGGUCUCCUCGACAGCCCCGGGACCUUGUCAAUCCACCAUUAACCUCUGUGGGUGGCCCGCGCCACCAAGGAACGCGGGGAGGUAUUUCAGAGGGUGUGUCGGCCUAUGUGCUGUGCCUGCAUGGAUGUAUCUGGGGAGCAUCAAUCUUCUGACACAUCUGAGGCCAUGGCAAAAAAAUUUUUUGAGUUAUUUAGAGGUUUUAAUAAUAUAAUCUGAUUCACUCAGGGGCCCGGUGGUGAGGUCUCUGCCCCAGGGAGAGAGUCUCUGCUGGGGCAGGAGGCCUCUGUGCACACCUUAGAGUUCCUGGCCUGCCGCUUGCAAGGGGAGCUGCAGAUCUUGUGGGGUUGGGAGGCCCCUUCCUCUGGCUUCUGGAGGUUCUGUGAGACUUAUUGAACCUCAGAGUGUGCUUUAGAAGUAGAGCUGGCAGCUCAGUUAGUGGCCUGGGCAUUGACUUCCAGAGCUGCAUUGACAUCCAGGGUCUGCAGGAUGACUUUCAGGAAGGGCCAUGGGUAUUUUUAAAGUGGGUUUUUUUCUUUUUUUCCUACAACAGGAAGAGAAAUAUAACUAAUAGCAUCUUUGUCAUCUUUCAGGUUUUGUUGUCAAGUACAAAGCCCUUCCCCCUCCGUCCCCAACAUGCAGUCUCUUUCUGGUAUAUAAGACUUGGCCUGUCAGGCACCUUGUGCACCCUACGGUCAGCAGCUGUGAAGCACACCUCACCUGGCAGCAUCCCCCAGAGACCACAUCAGAGCUGAUGUCAGGCAACUCCUGGGCCCGUUCUGCUCCCAGAGAAUUCAUGCCUCUGGAGCAAGAGCCCAAUAGAAAAAAAAAAAAAAAAGCAAAC